UUCCGUGCGCGCAUGCGUAAUAUCGAAAUCAAUAAUUCGUUCGACGCCGCUUUGAAAUUGUAUAAUUUUAGCAUUAUUUCUAAUGUAAAUAAGCGCAUAUUAACGAUCUUUCACCAGAUAUCGUUAAUGAUAAAGAUAUCCAAAAUGGUGUUGGAUUUCAAUUUAAACGUGUUUGUGGAGAAUUUGAAGGCCACAAAGCCCCCAUAUGAUUGCCCUGUGCCGAAUUGUGGAAAAACUUAUAAAAGUUUCAGUGGAAUACAGUUUCAUAUUUAUAAUUUUGACCAUGAAAACCCAGAAAAUAAUUCACCUACACCUGGAAAAUCAACAGGAAAAAAGAAAAAUAGAUUCAAACAUUGGAGACAGAAGUGUAAUGACCUGCCAGCAUCACCUCCAGAAUUUCUGCGUCCUCAAGAGACAUUGACUUAUGCAGAGUCUCAAAGGCUAGUAGAAAUUGAUCUUGAUGGGCGUAUUCACAGAAUUAAUAUAUAUGAACCAUUGGAUAUUGUUACACAAGAUGUUAUUGACAAUCAAAGUAAUACAGAGAAAGAGGAAAAGGCUGAGAAGUCACCUCAAAAGUCAAUUAAAACAACAGAUCCACACAAGGGUAGGAAAGAUACAAAUAAUGCUAGUCACGCACACUCAAAUGCUGUCAAACUGCCUGAAGCGCAGUAUAAAGUUAUUGAAGAUUAUGUUCGUCCUGCAAAAGCUUUAUCACAUACUGAUGCAUAUUACCGAUAUAUAGAGAAGACUGUUGAUGAAUUAGACGAAGAGGUAGAAUAUGACAUGGAUGAAGAGGAUCAUGCGUGGCUAGAAAUUCUGAAUGAACAAAGACAAAGCAGCAAUCUUGCUCCUGUUUCGCAAGAGAACUUUGAACUUCUAAUGGACAGAUUUGAAAAGGAAGCUUUCUUUCAAAGUCAGACAACUGGCAAAGAGGUAUUACCAUCCAUUGAUGAAGACGCUGUGUGCUCAAUAUGUGUCGAUGGGGAAUGUCAGAACAGUAACGUCAUCCUGUUUUGCGAUAUGUGUAACUUGGCAGUGCAUCAGGAGUGUUAUGGUGUGCCAUAUAUUCCAGAAGGACAGUGGCUGUGUAGAAGGUGUCUUCAGUCCCCAUCCAGGGCUGUUGACUGUGUACUGUGUCCAAACAAAGGUGGUGCUUUUAAACAAACUGACGACGGUCGCUGGGCACACGUUGUCUGUGCCUUGUGGAUUCCAGAAGUUGGAUUUGCGAACACUGUGUUCUUAGAACCCAUUGACUGUUUGGACAGAAUUCCACCUGCUAGAUGGAAAUUAGCAUGUUACAUUUGUAAGCAGAGAGGCUCGGGACCAUGUAUUCAGUGUCACAAGCCAAACUGUUACACGGCUUUUCAUGUGACCUGUGCACAGCAGGCUGGACUUUAUAUGAAGAUCGAAGCAAUAAGAGAGCCAAUUGGCCAUACAAUCAGUGUGAGGAAAACAGCAUAUUGUGAUGUGCACAUCCCUGCUAAUUCUGAGGCGGGAAGCACAGGCAUGUUUGCAGACAGUGAUGAUACGGCAGCAAAGGCGGAGGCUAAAGAGAUAUCUCGGCAGAAAAUGAGAAAAGCCCGGAAAAUACUUGCAGAGAAGCGAAAUGCUAUGCCUGUGGUCUCCUUACCAAUAAUUCCUCAACACAGGGUGACUAAAAUCUCCAAUGUGGUGUCGUUCGGCAAGAAGCAGCACUUCCUUACCCGUCUCCUCAGUUACUGGACUCUGAAACGUCAGUCCAGGAAUGGUGUGCCGCUGAUCAGGCGCCUACAGACCAAUCACAUGAGCAGAAAGGCAGAGUAUCUUCUUUUACAUGGACAACCAAAGAAUGACAAGCAGAGCAGCCUGCUACGGGAGCAGCUGAAGUACUGGCAGAGACUGAGACAGGAUCUGGAGAAGGCCAGACUCCUUGUGGAGCUCAUACGGAAACGGGAGAAACACAAACGGGAACAGUUGCGUCUCCACCAGAUGGCCACAGAGCUUAAGAUCCAGCCAUUUGCUUUCCUGCUACGAAAUACCCUGGACCAGCUGGUUGAGAUUGACACAAACAAGAUCUUCUGUGAGCCUGUGGACAGGGAUGAGGUUCCCGAUUACUAUGUUCACAUUGAGCAGCCGAUGGAUUUCACAACCAUGCGCGAGAAGAUUGCAGAGCAGAAGUACCGGACCAUGGACGACUUUCAGGUCGACCUUGACCUUGUGGUGAAGAACUGUCUCUCGUACAACAGCAAGGACACUGUCUUCUAUCGGGCCGGGCUGAAGUUGCGAGACCAGGGAGGCGCGAUCAUACGUGCAGCAAGGCACAUGGCUGAGCGGGUUGGAUACGAUCCGGAGACGGGGCUACAUCUCCCCGAGCCACCCGCAAAUCAGGAGAGGGCACCAGUGAUAUUGGAGGAUUUUGACACAUUCCUGGAAAAGAAAGACAACCUACCUUUAGAAGAUCAGCUGCAGAUUCUACUGGAGAAAAUGGACCAGGCCAGUUUAUCCAAACGAAAAUCGAAACUUUCCAAACGCAUUCGACGUGAAAUUGUUAAGGUUAGAAGAAAACUCGCCAUACAGAGAGGACUGCCUAACAGCGAUCUGGAGGAAAGCGUUAACGAUACACCUUCAGAAGACGAUGACGAAAAUUCUGAAGAUAAACAUGAUAAAGAGAAUCUGGAAAAGAUGGAGAAAUCACCCAUAAAAACGCCCAAACCACCCAUCCAUUGUGAUCAGCCAAAUUCCACUCCAAAAUCACCGAAAACUCCCAAAUCUCCAAAGGUUCAGAAGUCUCCUGCCUUGAGGAAAGGUCCCAGCAUUCCAGCCUUGAAAUCGGACAGAAGUCAUGGGCGUAGCACACCAGGGAGAGGGCGAGGCAGGGGGAGGGGCAGAGGUCGGGGAAGGUCACUGAGUGCCCACAGCGAGUCAGAAUCUGAGGGCUUAAAGCCAGAUGAUGUCCAAGAUGGUGGCUCUACCAAACCCGGUACUCCAACUAGCAUGAUCUCGUCCGACCGGUCAGCAACGUCCACACCGACGCCGGGCGUUAACCGACGCACCACCGUCCUGUUUGGCAAGAAGGGAACGCCAAAAGGUUCCAAAGACUCUGGCUUGUCUGCGAAUACACCGCUGCUGGGCCGAAAACCUGGACGUCCACCGAAACUGAAGUCUGACAAACCCACGUCUGAUUCUCCACAGCCCCCAGUUCUUGAGCUGAUGAUUCCUUCCCCUGGAAAAGCACCCAAGAGUCCAGGUGCCAGAAAGCGUUCAGCCAGUGUCCUCACUCAAAAAUCUGAAUCUGUUCCUUCACCUCCGAAAAGAACUAUGUCUGUUACGGAAUCAACGACUGGAUUUUCCGAUCCGCCAGAUUUGACGAGACGGGAUAAUUUUAUGACCUAUCGGGUCGGUGAUCAUAUACGGAGCUCUUCAGAGUCAGAAAGCACGACCGGAAUGAGCAGUGGUGAUGAAUCGAUGUCGGAAACAUCAACUUCUGGUUCUAGCGACAGUCGAUCUGAGUUAAGCACAUCAGGCACGAUGCAGCAGCUUUAUACGGACAGUGAAUGCUCGGAGGAGCCCGGGGAGGGGGAAAAUGCUCGCACGGCAGAAAGCAUGGACUUAGAUCAACAUGGCCCAACUAUUGUGAAAAUGCAAUGUCUGGAUGAAGUGAAAAAGAUCUGUAGGAAGACUAAAUCCAUGUCAAUGUGGAACAAAAAUCCAAUCUUUCGUAUGACCCCCAAGUUCAAAAGUGGUGAAAAGGACUGCAGAGAGUGCAAGAAAAAAACUAAGUUGCGGACAUUGUUUGAAAAAGGGCCAUGCGGCGAUGGUAUCUCUGCACACUCCCACUUCACAGCAGCAGCACAGCGCAAUGGAGCCAGUAAUGUCAAGGUAUCUUGUUUACAUGGGAAGGUUAAUAGGGACCCAAAAAAUGGCACCAAAAAAAAGAUUUGUAAAAGAGAACCAAAGUCUUUGCAUAGCAGAAUGACUCUAAGAGGAAACGGCAAAGUGUCAGCUUCUGCAUCUAAUGUGAGGAGGUUAAGACAAAGUAAGAUGGAAGAAUUCUGUAAUGGUAACUUGACUAGGCAAAAUAAGAAAUGCUUUGAAAUGUUCAUUAAAGGCGACAACAAUGUUGAAGUUGAGAAUAUUGAGAAUGAACAUACAAGUGUCAGGGAAAAUGCCGAAGCACAAGUUUUUGUUGUGUUUGAUGACAUGAAAGAUAUGGAGGAAGAAUUGUAUGAUAAGUUAUUUGGGAUGAAGCAAGAAAGUGUUGGCCUGGUUGGGUGGGAAGGUUUUGCUGACAGUGUAACGGUAGAUAAUAUUGAUUCUGAGGAAGAUGGUAAGGUUUUCUUGGUUAGAAAAUCUGGUAAAAAAGGAAAGCACGGCAGAUAUUUACCUUUGGAAUUUCCAUCAAACGCUUCUAAGGAAAAGGGUGACAAUAAGUUUGCAACUGCGGAAUGUGGUACAGUUUAUAGUCUUAAGCAGGUGGAACAUAUGGAGGAGGAUGAUGAUGCCGAUUUGGUUUGUAGUAUCAGUGUCGAAAAUGAGAGAUGUUCCCGAACGAUCAAACAAACGUCUGAUGUCCUUGAUGUUGUAAACAAAACUGUCAAAAGUGGAACAAAUGUUAAAAUAGAUGGAUAUUAUAGAAGUCUCAAGCAUCUCAAAUCGAAAUCUACGUCGCUUGAGGUAUCCAAAAUUAUGCCAGAUAAACAAAUGGUUACAUCUGAAUGUACUGGGGAUUAUGUUUAUAAAGCAGGAAAGAAAGUAUUUGCAGAAAAGGAUGUGAAGAGUUCAAAAGUGAUGGAACAUAAAGAGCUCAGCAAACUUCAUGAUUAUUGGAACUUGGGUCCAAACUUCCAUGGAUCCCACUUAAAAGGAGCUCUAUUUGAUGCUUGUAAUAAAUUCUUUAAAGGUCGUGGACGGAGAGGCAGCUUUGACAGUGAGGAGAUCCCAUUGGAGCCCCUAGACCUUGUGUGGGCAAAAUGUAGGGGCUACCCUUGGUACCCAGCUCUGAUUAUCAAUCCCAAGAUGCCCAAGACUGGUUACUUCCACAACGGGGUGCCAAUACCAGUUCCUCCAGAGGAAGUGCUUGCCAUGCAGAAACGAUUUGAUGAACCAGUCUUUCUUGUCCUAUUUUUUGACACCAAGCGCACAUGGCAGUGGUUACCUAGGAACAAGCUGGAGCCCCUGGGGGUGGACUCAGGGCUGGAUAAGAGCAAGCUGCUGGAGAACAAGAAACCCAACGUGAGGAAGGCUGUCCAAAAGGCUUACGAGAAGGCUAUACUGCACAGGUGCAGUGUGACCGGAGAGCCAAAUCCACUGUCGGGUGAUUCCAGUUGUGAAGACUGAACAAGUUCCAAUAGGCAGAACAUUUUGAAAAUCUCGAUGAAAAAUUAAUUACAGUUGCCACAACUCAAUUACAAUGAAUUAAGAGAUUAGUGUAGAACUGUUGUAUUUGCUGAACAGUUCUUUAUCAGAUACAGCGGUUUACAGCUCAACCUUUUAAAUUUAAAAGUGAAAACAUUAUUGAUGAGGAUAAAAAAAAUGAGUUAAAUAGCAUUAGAAUAUUAUAUAGUGUAUGAGAAGUAUGUGGUGAUAAUGGAAUGCUAACAGAUUUUCUGUUCUGAGUGGACCAUAUUUAAUAAAAUAACACAUUAUGCUGUAUAGUGUAGGUAGCAUACGUACAAUUAGAGCAAAGAAGGGGAUUUGUUUAAUUCAUUAAAUUCUGUAACAAAUUGUGUUGAGUAUUGAGCACUAGAGUGUCUUUAGUAUUUAUUGCACUAUUGCUUCCCCUUAGCAGUUGAUGAAAAGUUGAAAUUUUAUUUCAAAUGUUGUUGAUUAUUUAUAGAUUAAAGAUUUUUGUUGAUAAAAAGCUAACAUUGAUAAUAAAAUAAACAUUGAAAUGUAUAGUGUUUAUGAAGGAGGUAAACUAAAAUAUAUUUCCAAGAAAGUUCUUGCAGAUGCAAAAUGAGCCUUAAUUAUGAUGUGAAUGUAAUACAAGUUAUGUAAUCUAAUAUGUUGAUUGGUAUGUGUUAUUCUAAUUUUGUGCAUUAAUAUGGUAAUAUGAUGUUUGAAAAGCACACUUUUAAGUGUGUACAAUUGACUUUGCAACUCAACAAUUGUCAGUAUUAUGGUAGCAGCUGUGUAUUAAUAAUUCACUACUAAACAAGUCAGAAACGUUAAGUUUAAUGUUCAUUUUGUUAUAUUCUAACAUUGCCAUUGAUGUAUGUAUUCAUUUUACAAAUGUACUUUUUUAUGAGUGCAGAUGAUAUAGUUAUGAGAAAUGUAAACAAAAUAUAUUUUCUGGUUUGAUGCAACCUAAUCUCUAAGUAAGAAAUAAACAUACAAUAGUUUUUAAUUUAAACAUGCAAUACCUAUUGUUUUGUAUGCCUUGAGAGUGUAGCAAAGUGUCUUGUGCCAAACUCUAUAAACAAAAUUUUGAUUCUAUAAUGGUAAACGUUGGUCAAAGGGCAACAACUGCGACUUAAUUGUGAUGUUAAGGUUAAACUGGAGCAAAAUAUAAGAGUGUGUGCAUAUAUUACAUUUUAUGAUUAUUAACUGGUGAAAGCUGCAUCAGAAAGUCAGUUACCAAACUUUUGUUACUUUUAAGGUUUAAUGUAUAUGUAUGUAUUUGAGAUUUGUUUGCCAUUUAAAAAUGCUUAUAUUUCAUAUGUUUCAUAGAUUUCGAUAUUUUAAGAAUUUUUUUUAUCAACAAAGUUGUAGCAGUCUUUGAAAACUGUAAAUAUUUUGUAAUCAAUUGAAACAUUCAUUUCUUAUUUUUCAAGUCAAACAUUACAAAUAUUUUUUUUAAUUCUGUAUAUAAAAUUUGUAUCAUAAGUUUUAAUUUCAGUGUUAUGUUUUAUAAUGUAUACCAUUUCAUGUGCUUAUGUUUUAUUUUACACCAUAAAGUAUCGUGUACAUAGCAGCGUUAUUUAUUGCUCUUCCAAGCAGAAGAUAGUUUUGAUGUAAAUUUUGUUUGGGCUUUUAUACAAAUAGAAAAAAAUAUUCAAGUACAGCAAGAUAAAAAAUAAAUAUUUAAAUGAGUUCCAAUCACUACAAAUACUUAAAGUAUACAUAAGGAAUAGUUUUCAAGAAACUACCGAGCUGGAACAUCAUGGGGGUCAUGUUUGAUUUUGUUCUGCUGGUUGUGGAAAAUCUUUAAAUGAGAAAUAUAUAUUUGAACAUACGGAAUGAAAGUUUCCUAACGGUUUCACCAGAGGGGACUUAUGGUUUUGUCUACGUCCGUCCGUCAAACUUUUCUGGAUCCUGCGAUAACUUUAAAGGUUCUGAAUAUUUUUUCAUGAAACUUGGAACAUGGAUAGAUGGCAAUAGGGACAUUAUGCAUGUCAUUUCAUUUUGUUCCUACGUCAAAAAUUGUGGUUGCUAUGGCAACAAAUAGACUAGAAAUAGUGCUGAAAAUGUUGUUUUUUUUCUGGAUCCUGGCAUUACUUUUAAAGUUCUUAAUAUUUUUUCAUGAAACUUGGAACAUGAAUAGAUGGCAAUAUGGAUAUUAUGCACGUCAUUUCAUUUUGUUCCUACAUCAAAAAUUGUGGUUGUUAUGGCAACAAAUAGACUAGAAAUAGUGCUGAUAAUGGUGUUUUUUCUGGAUCCUGCGAUAACUUUAAAUGUUCUAAAUAUUUUUUCAUGAAACUUGCAACAUGGAUAGAUGUCAAUAUGGACAUUAUGUACGUCAUUUUUUUUUUCCUUUGUCAAAAAUUCUGGUUGCUAUGGCAACAAAUAGACUAGAAAUAGUGCUGAAAAUGUUUGUUUUUCUGGAUCCUGAGAUAACUUUAAGUUAUUAAUAUUUUUUCAUGAAACUUCCAACAUGGAUAGAUGGCAAUUUGGACAUUAUGCACGUCAUUUCAUUUUGUUACUACGUCAAAAUUUGUGGUUGCUAUGGCAACAAAUAGACUAGAAAUAGUGCUGAAAAUGGUGUUUUUUUCUUGAUCCUGCGAUAACUUAAAAAGUUCCUAAUAUUUUUUCAUGAAACUUGGAACAUUGAUAGAUGGCAAUAUGGACAUUAUGCAUGUCAUUUCAUUUUGUUCCUAUGUCAAAAAUUGUGGUUGCUAUGGAAACAAAAACAAAAAAUUCUGAAAUUGGUGAAAUUUCUGACAAUGGUGGAGCCGGUAGGGGACUUUUAUUGCUUGGCUUGUUACAACAUGUAUUUGGUUUAAAAACCUUGACUUGAUGUAAUAAGGGCAUACACUAGGUUAAGGCUGCAAAAUCCAAAAUUGUGGUUUCGGAUACUUUGAAAUCCAAAUUUGUUCAUUUUAAUCUCGUUUCAGAGUCUUAUAAUGCUUUAAAAUAAACCUGCAAUUAGAACACACUAGAUUGUUUGCCACAAUAGUAAGGACUGUUUGACAUGUACUGAAAUAUGCAUCUCUCCAAGACCCUCUUUUUCAAAAUAGUCUAUCAAAAGUUAUUAACCUUUAAAACAUGUGAUGUGAUAUUAACAUAGCUCUCUGUUUCACAGUUUGUGCAGCUGUCUGUAGUAAGACUUAAAGCAGAUGCAUUCUUCACCUUUUUCAUGACUGUUUACCUAAGUUUAUUUUUAAUAUUUGGAAUUGUUAUUCCCCCCCCCCCCC